UGACAGCCAUGGUUCCUGGAACUGGGGCCUGGGGACUCCUGUUGCUGACUGUGGCCGCUGCCCUGAUGCUUCCUACAAGGCCCCCAGGCUCCCAGAGAGCCCAGAUCAUUGGAGGCCAAGAGGUGCUGCCCCUCUCCCGGCCUUACAUGGCAUCCGUGAGCUUCGAAGGCCAGCACCACUGUGGAGGCUUCCUGUUCCGGGCCCACUGGGUUGUCUCUGCUGCUCACUGUUUCAGGAACAGGGACCCCCGCACAGGCCUGGUAGUGCUGGGGGCCCAUUCACUGCACACCUCGGAGCCCACUCGGCAGGUGUUCAGCAUUGCAGCUGUGGUAAAGCAUCCCGAGUACCAGCCCACAACCCAUGCCAACGACAUCUGCCUGCUGCGGCUGAAUGGCUCAGCAGUACUGGGCCCAGCUGUGGGGCUGCUGCAGCUGCCAGGGAGAGGUGCCCAGCCACCUGCAGCUGGGACGCUGUGUCAUGUGGCUGGCUGGGGCUCUAUAUCAGAUUUUGAGGACCCUCCGCCUGGGCUGAUGGAGGCCAAGGUCCGUGUGCUGGACUUGGAUGUCUGCAAUAGUUCUUGGCAGGGCCAAUUGAGUCCAGCCAUGCUAUGCACCCACAGUGGAGACAGAUGGAGGCGUGGCUUCUGCUCGGCAGACUCUGGGGGCCCCCUGGUGUGUGGGAGCCGGGCCCAUGGCCUUGUCUCCUUCUCAGGCCUGUGGUGUGGGGACCCCAAGACCCCCGACGUGUAUACACAGGUGUCAGCCUUCGUUGCCUGGAUCUGGAAGGUGGUUCGGGGCAGCCCCCCAUCUAGGACUGCAGGACUCCUGGUCUGGGCUACUUAAACCCCAGCCCACUGGUACUCACAUGAAUGGCAAGUUAUGCCCAUCAGCUUGUAUGCAGAAACCUGGGGACCCAGUGUUUGUGAGUAGGAGCCUCCAUUCCAAAUGAAAAGAGCCAAAUCCAACCCAGUAACACAUUAAUUAAAUAAUCAGACACUGAAAGGGACUGGCUUCA